AUGUUCCAGUCACAACAACAAGAGGUAUACAAUGAUUUAGAUGAUAAGAAGUUGCCAAUAAUUGUGGAUGUUGCAGUUGAUACCAGUGGUAAUCAAUUGUAUCAGGUUCAUGAAAAUAUAAUUCGACAAGAUAUGCCACGAACAAAUAACAUUGACGAUAAUAGUUUUCACAAUUUAGAAAAUAAAUCUUUUACCAAAGAAUCAUUUGAAAGUUUUGCUUCUGAAGAUGAACAAGUUAAUAAAGGUUUUUCAAGAGUUCAAGAUAAUGAUAUUUGGUCUGAUGAUGUUGAAGCUGCAUUUGAAGAAGUGCUUCAUUUAAUUCCCAAAAAUGGUUUGAACAAAAUCAAGAUGGCUGGGAGAUCUUGUGGUCGAAAUGAAUUGAUUUCAGAUUAUAUUUAUUCAAAAAUUGGGAAAUUUAGAACAAGAAAACAAGUAUCAUCUCAUAUUCAAGUUAUCAAAAAUUUAGGUCAAAAUGAGGAAAUAAUUAGGUUGAUAAAUGAAGGUCCAAAAUGUGAUACAAAAGCUGAACAAAAAGCAAUAACUAAAAAAUUUGAAGAAGUAUUUUCAGAAAUUAGUUUAAGUAAAUCUUUAGGUUAUAAAGAUAAAACUGUACAUUUACCAGCUGGAAAAAGAAUUAGAAGAAGAAGUUCAGUUAAACCUUUAAGUUCAAUUAAAAACAAGAAUUUUUAUAUGGCAAUAACUGAUCAAUAUUUUGCAAAUCCAAUUAUUUUAACCCUUCAAGAUAAUAAAGAGUUAAAAAGUUUUAAAUUAAAUGAUGAUGCUGUUAUUGCAAAUAGAUUUCCAGGUUUAGAUGAAUUUAAAAAUUCCAAUAUUCAAAUUAUUCAUAAUAUGGUUAAUGUUUUUAUACCACAUUUGCCACCAAAUUAUAGAAUGGAAAAUUUUAAAAGUAGUCUAAGUUAUAAUUAUGAUGACUAUACCAACAAAAAAAUCAAUUCAAGUACAAUUGUUUAUAUUUAUGGUAAUCAACAAAUUAGAAUUGAUGAAGAAAAUAUUACAUUAAAUCAAGAUAAAGACUUUUUAAUUAAAUUCUGGAUAUUCUUUUUUAGUACUUUAGUUGGUAAAUCAGAAGAAGAACAAAAUUUUGCAUUUAAAGGUGUUACGAUUAAACAAAUAAUUUAUGAACCUGGUAGUGAUCCUUCAUUAAUUUCAAAACUGAAAAUUAGAUUAAUAUUAUUAUGGGAAUAUGCAAAAGUUCAAAGUUUUAGUGAAGCUAUUACAAUUUCUAGAAAAUUAAUUUUACCAAAGAAUGAUAAUCAGCCUAAUCAGGAGGUUUUACAAAAACGAUUUCAAAAUUUACAAGAACAAUCUUAUUAUCAACAACCAAAUUAUUCAUAUCCACCUCCUCAAUUACCUGUUCCUCCAGCUUAUUAUACUCAACCUUUAUAUGAACAACCUCCUCAAACUGAUCCAACUUAUAACUAUGCAAACUAUAAUGAAUCAUAUUACUAA